ACCUCCAAUACUGCCAGCCACCAGCACCAGCAGGAGCAGGAGUUGCUCUCAAGCUUCGCCAUCCCCAAUCCGCCCGUGUCAACCCAGCAGUCCAGCGUGGCUGCCGAAAAGGAGUCCACAGGCGGCAUGGGUCCCGUGGAUCCGCCACGGACCCUCUGGAUGGGCGAUUUGGACCCUUGGUUGGACGAGAAAGGCAUUGCCGACUUGUGGUGGCGCAUCCUUCACAAGAAGGUCAGCGUCAAGAUCAUCCAGCCCAAGAACUCGCGUCCUGACGCCACUUACCACGGCUUGGCCCAUUCUGGCUACUGCUUUGUGGAGUUUGACACGUUUGACGAUGCCCAGCAGGCGUUGGGUCUCAACGGCCAGCUACUUCCCGACAUCGCCAUGCCAUCGCAGCAACAGUAUCCCAACAAUCCCGACAACCAAAAGAAGUAUUUCAGGCUCAAUUGGGCCAGUGGAGCUACCUUGAGUGCUCCCAUCGUGCAGACUCCCGAGUAUUCGCUAUUUGUGGGUGACCUUUCAGCGUCUACCACUGAGGCCCAUCUCCUAGCAUUUUUCCAAAAGAACUUUCCCACCUCGGUCAAAACGGUCCGGGUGAUGACCGAUCCGGUUCUGGGUAAGUCCAGGUGCUUUGGGUUCGUGCGUUUUACGGAUGAGCCCGAGAGGCAGCGUGCAUUGAUCGAGAUGAACGGCGUCUGGUUUGGAGGAAGGCCCUUACGGGUGGCCUUGGCCACUCCCAGAAACAACACCAGGUCUCGUUUCGCCAGCCUGGCCCCCCCUAGCGAAAAUUACUACUCCCACGGCAUGGAUGCCUCGUCCUCCCAGGACCUCAUGUACAUGCGUGGGCCGCUUCCACCCAAUCCUCCCCAGAUCAAUUCCCCAUACACCCACUACGGGGCUCCUCCUCAUAGAAAUGACAUCUAUGUCGAUAAAAACCACGAAAAUUCCAUCAAAUCGCCAUUACCCGGAGGUAAUGGUCAAGGCCAGCCGUUUACGGACCCCAACAACACCACAGUGUUCGUGGGAGGGUUGUCAUCGGAAGUAUCGGAGGCCACCCUUUUUACACUUUUCCAGUCGUUUGGAGUUAUUCAGCAGGUAAAAAUCCCCCCUGGCAAAAACUGCGGCUUCAUCAAGUAUUCCACCCGCGAGGAGGCCGAGGAGGCCAUUGCAGCCAUGCAGGGGUUCAUUAUUGGUGGAAACAGAGUUAGAUUGAGCUGGGGAAGAGUUUCCAUCAAUAAUAAAAGAUUCCAACACCAACAGCAGCAGGUGGCACAGGCAGCACAAAUACAGGCAGCGGCUGCGUUAUCGAUGGGAAUGGACACGGCUAGUGCCAUUGCAGCAGCUGCUGCUGUGGCAGCUGCUGGAGGCUACCCACCUCCUCCAAUUCCUGGUGCUCCACAACUAGGAGGUUUGGGCCCACACAUGGGAAUCCAUGGAGGUCCGCAGUACGGGAGCGGGAGCCGUGGAAACGGAGUUCCCAAGAACGAAACUGGCCAGUAUUUGGAGCAAGAAAACGGUCCUGGUAACGAACGCUCCGGAUCGUUUGAUGGGUCUGCUAGUGAAGAACCGGCAAAAAAUGGUCCAGGCUUCUACACUGGCCCACCCCACGGAAAUGACUACAACGUUCACCAGAUAGGAGGGCAGCAAGAGGAGUUGAUGAACGCCAUGAACAACCUCUCGAUUGGAGGCGAACGUGGAGAAAUCAACCCCGAAUACAUGAACUCGGGGUUCAUGGUGCCUCCUCAGUUGUACAAUGGAGGCUACCCCAUUCCCGAGAUGCAAUACCAGCAGUUUAUUCCCCAUCCA